AUGGACGUGGAUGGCGACGCUGUCAUGACGUCUGCAUCAGGCGUAUCCAACGUUUUUGAUCUUUACCAGGAAGGACUCGCACCCGAUCAAGUGCUGCAGCUCUGUUUCUUGCGACGUCGUGCUCCUCGUCAAUUUCGUCUUGAGUACACUCGAAUCGAGGAUGAGUUUGUUCUGCCACGGCCAGAACUGAAGAUGACGAGCUUUUUACCGUCAGUUCAUAUUCCAUUAAAGCAGCUCAUGGGGUUUGAAUCCCCACCAUUUUCAAUAACUAGCUGUAGUAUAGCCGACCAUUCCAUAGAGGAUUUUACACUCGAUCAAAUGCGAGACAGCGCGAAAAAGCACUUUUUGAACCCGCAACAAGCUGCACUUGAAGACGUGCGUCAGUGGGCUGCGUUAGCAGAGAGUGAUUGGAUAGAUAUUUAUCGAAGUGUACAGCAGUCUAAACCGCAACUAGGACAGGACGAAGAGAUGACGGCGGCACAGGUGCCGGAUAUCAUCGACAUUUGCUGGAUAUUGGAGCACUGCCAUAGUGAUGCCUUCACGAGCUUCGUAUGGAACCAUGUAUUGCUCUCACUCUUGCAACAGUGCACAAAAGGUGAUGACUCGAUGGUGCACCAGCGUCUGCUCACUUUACUAGUCAGUCAUCAUUCACUAGCCGCACUCAGCCCGAAAGAUUUUCGCGCCAAGGUGCGAUCUCGAAACCUGCGACAAGUCGGUAACGUCUUGGGCGCAAAAACGGAGCUUGCACUUAUAAAAAUCUAUCGUCGACAGCGUGAUAUCCAGUGUGACAGGUUUCCCUAA